AUGGCAGAAUGCUCAGGAUUUAUUGUGGAUGUAUCUCCUCAUAUGAUACAGCAUGACAAUGUCUCCAAGGUACAGGCAUAUUUGGAGUACAGUCUACUAGAGAAAUGCAAGAGGAAAAGAAAGACGGAUUGGAUUAGUUGCUAUUUGGCUAAUUGUGCAAUAUCAAAGAACUCGCAAGGUAUCGAAGGGGUAUUUCAAGUACAAGAUUGGGUGGCUCCUGUAACAAUCACAGAGACACUAAGAGUUUUACGGCAGUUACAGAGCUAUUCGCAAGAUCUCAGGGAUGGUAAUGUAACGAAUCCGUCGAGUUCAGCAUCGUCAUCCAUGGUACAGUGCCUGCUAGUGUCGUCAUUGGACUGUCGAGAUCAUUUCCAUGUAAGGAAGAUGCGGAGACAACUGGUUGUGUUUACUGACGAUAUGGAGGGACUAGAUCUUAGUGAUGAAGAAGUUGGAGUUUUGGCGGAAGAACUAAAUCUUUCAAUAAUUCUUGUGGACUGCCGAGUGGAGAACCAUAGAAAUGGUUCUGCAGUGCCAGACUACGGUAUUUGGGGGAAAUUGGUAGACGUCAUUGAGGGGUCUCGGAUUUACCACGUCAAUGAUCUGCUUAGGGAAAUUUCGUCAUUGCCUUCAGGUGUGGUAAGACCUGUUAUGGUGUUUAGCGGGGAACUGCGGUUAGGUGCUGAUGUAGCAGUGCAUACCGAUCAAGAUUCUCAGGACGAUGAGCACUCUUUAACAAUUAAAGUGGAAGGUUAUCCGGCUACCAAGGCGGUUUCCAGCAUUAGUAGAAAGAUGGUGGUGAAAAGAGAAAUUCAUGGUAAGGAUGUCUACAAACCAGUGAAAAGUGUGGUUGAAUACGAGAUUCAAGGUGAUGAUGAAAAAUCGCUGCCAAUUCAAGUGUCGCCUAAAUCCAUUGCAAAAGCAUAUCGAUAUGGUGCCGAUUACGUAGUACUACCGUCUUCAUUAGAGGAUCCACCCCGAAAAUAUGCCAGUCGGCCUGGUAUGGAUAUAUUGGGAUUUAUCGAUCAAAAGGCGUUACCACGUCAUUUUUUACAUUCUGAAUCCCGAUUCAUUACGGCUGAUACGAGAUACGGUGGAGUGCAGGACGUUGUAGCAUUGAGCGCGCUAGUUGAUGCAUUAAAGGAAUCAAACCAACUGGCAAUCGUUAGAUUUGUUGCCAAGCCCACAUCCGAUGUGCAAGUAGGUGUACUGUGUCCGAUUCAUGUGGAGGACAACCAUACAUUGGUAUAUUGCAGACUACCGUUUGCAGAGGAUCAAAGAGUCUCUGAUUUUCCUCGAUUAGUUAAUAGAACGACUACAUCAGGUAAGAAAAUUGAGCAAGAUAAGUCUCAAGGCAAUAUUGAUUCAAUGAUGUCUAAGUAUAUCGAUGCCUUUGAUAUGGAUAAUGAACCGCAGACGGAAGAAAAUCAUUACUAUAAACUGAUGGAGGGACCAUCGUCAACCAACUUGCCGCUGCCGCAGCUACCAGCUCAUCCUGGCCGUGUCAAACCAGAUACAGAAUUGGUUGACGAAGAUCCACUGAUCGUACCGGCAAUCCAUUUGCACCGUACUCAACAGGUGCUACUAGAAUGGAUCCAUCUAUGUAUAAUCAACGAAAGCAAGUUUUACGUCCCGGAGAUGCCAGACUUCUUGGCUAACAAAAUAUCUUCACGCUACGAACCUUCACCGGAGCUAGACGAGUCAAUUGCUCGUCUGAAGAAAUUACUCGAUAUCAAGAGAUCGCGUAGACGUGGAUCUUCAAGAGAGGAUCAAGAUGAAGAGAGUGACGUUGCUGAUCAAGACAUACCAGACCUACAAUCUCUACUGUCGAGAGGACAGAGAGACUAUUAG